UAAUUUCAUUUCACAUUUCUCAAUUAGAUAAGGUUGAAACUACAUCAAAUAUUCCUAAAAAAUGUUUUGAAACUAAUUCUGAAACUAAUUUUGAAUCUAAUGUAGAAAUGAUGUGUAAUGAUUUUAAUUCAGAGGUCACAACAUUUUCAAAUAAAACUGAUAGUAAUACCCAUUUUAGUAAUAAUAACACAUUGGAUUCAUCCAAUAAUAUCCCAAUUUUAUCAAGGUAUAAUUAUGAUUCUUCAACAUCUAAUAGCUUCGACAUUCCAAUUGCAUAUCAAGAUAAUGAUCAAGAUUCUUUAUCUGAUUUUUCUACUGAAUCAAUCGAUUUUAAUAAUGAAAUCUCACAAAAUGAACAAAAUUUUAGUUUACAAGAAGAUUUGCAAAUCUUAGUUUCAGAAUGUUGUAUACCUCAAGGUACUGCAGAUAAACUUCUUUUAAUUCUGCGGAAACAUGGUCAUAAUGAUUUACCUCAAACGUGUAGAACUUUAAUGAAAACACCACGUAAUAUUUCUCAAAAUAUAGUUUCUGUUAGUGGUGGAAGAUACAUUCAUUUUAGAUUAGCUUCGGGAAUAAAACGUUCUAUAUCAAAAUAUUGUAAAACCGUGCCUUGUGAAGUAAAAAUAAAUAUUAAUAUCGAUGGCUUACCAUUGAGUAAAAGUUCAGGUAGCCAAUUUUGGCCUAUUCUUGCAUCAAUUGAAAUUAAAGAUUUUUAUACCGAGCCUUUUGCAGUUGGUAUAUUUCAUGAAAUGUCAAAACCAAAUAACGUCAAUGAUUUUCUUCGUCCUUUCGUUAAUGAAGCACAAAUUGUUCUUCAAGAAGGUGUGUCAUUAGAUAACAAUCAUUGUAAAGUCCUAUUAAAUGCAAUAUUAUGCGAUGCUCCUGCUAAGUCACUGAUCACCUGUACGAAAGGUCACACAGGUUAUUUUUCAUGUUCAAAAUGCUCACAAGAAGGAGAUUUUAUAUGUAAUCGAGUUGUGUUUCCGGAAAUUAAUUCUACAUUAAGAACAAACGAAUCAUUUCGUACUCGUAGUCAAGAAGAGCAUCAUGUAGGUGAUUCAAUUCUAGAAAAUCUUCCUAUAGAUAUGAUUUUACAAAUUCCUCUAGAUUAUAUGCAUCUUUUUGGUUUAGGUACAAGUCGUUUAUUGCAAUUUUAUGUUAGGGGUAGAAAAAAUGUAAGAUUACCUAGUGCUGCAAUCGAUUCAAUUGACAAACAUCUAAUUGACUCAAGAAAAUAUAUAAUUAAAGAAUUUGCAAGAAUGCCAAGAAAUUUAUCAUAUGUUGACAGUUGGAAAGCUACCGAAGUUCGCCUUUUUGUGCUUUAUUUAGGUUUAGUUUUGUUAAAGCCAUUUGUAUCUCAAGAUUAUUAUAAUCAUUUUUUAUCACUAAGUAUAGCUAUUCGUAUACUCGCGGAUCCAGAACAAUGUUUAGUUCUUAAUGAUUUCGCACAUUCUUUAAUAAUUUGGUUUAUUUCACAGUACAGAAAUAUUUUCGGACUCGAAUAUCUUUCACAUAAUGUUCAUAAUUUACAACAUCUUGCAAAUGAUGUCAAAACUCUUGGCUGUUUAGAUACCUUUAGUUGCUUUAAAUUUAAAAAUCACAUGCAAAAAAUUAAAAAGCGGAUAAAAAAUUGUGGCAAACCAUUAGAAGAAUAUUCUAACCGAAUUUUUGAAUUAAAUCAACUUCCACCUGAAAAAUGUUAUUUAAAAUCAUAUCCUAUUAUUCAUUUUAAAAAAGCAGUUCAAGGCAAUGAUGAUAUAUCUCAUUUAGAAUUUAAUGGGUUCACUAUAUUUACAAAAAAAAAUGAAAACUGUUGUUUACUGAAUGAUAAUUCAUUAGUUUUUGUUUUAGAAAUAAUUUUGGAUAGUAUAAAUAACGUUCCAUACAUAAAC